GACGCUUUACAGUGACAUUAUCGUUUCGAUUAAUUAGCCAAAGAAGCCAAGUUCGCGUGAUGAUGUCCGGCAACACGGCCGCCAGCCUCCACAGCGGGCAAAGAGGCAAGAGCUUUGCAAUGGAAUACUUGCUUUCCUGGUGGCGGGCCCUUGACGCCGCUAGGACUGAGUCUGCCGCAUUUGUACAACACGUGCCUCCUGCCGCACCUGCCCGGCCUGCCACCCCCGCUCCUGCCGUCGCUACCGUAUCCCCCUCUGCACCACUACCCGCUGCCACCAGCCCUCGCUGCGGGGCUGCAGGGAGCCCUGCCCCCGCCUCUUAUAGGCCUGACGCCGCCGGCGCUCGGAGGGCCGACACCUGGGGGACUUGAGCUUAGGGCGCAGGGACGCCAUCGGCAUGGACACGCCGCAUAGCCCCGGCUCGGCAGGAGACCACACCAACACUUCCGACUCGGACCACCACGACCAUGACAAGUCAGCACGGCCUUCACGUCGGAGCAGCUGAUGGAACUCGAGCGGGAGUUCCAGACCAAGAAGUACCUCACUCUCAGCGAGCGCUCGCACAUCGCCCAGACCUUGAAUCUGUCCGAGGUGCAGGUGAAAAUCUGGUUCCAAAACCGACGCGCUAAGUGGAAGCGAGUGAAGGCCGGUCUGGUCUCCGGGUCGGCCGCGGGGGGCAAGAACAGCGCGACGGGUCACAAGAUCAUCGUUCCCAUCCCCGUGCACGUGAACCGCCUCUCCAAUCUGUCGCAGUCGCAGCAGAUGGAGAAGUCCAGCACUCCAGGAGUCCCCGCAGGAGGCACCGGCGGAGGCGGCAGCGGAGGGUCCACGCAGCUUCCCACGAUCAAGCCGAUUGAUCCCCAGUCCAGCAGCAUCCAAUCUCGGCGAUCCGCCUUCCAGGGCCUCCCGCAGUCGCUCCCUCAGCCCUUAUCCCAGGCCCUUCCUGUGUCCGUGCCCCAAAGUCUGCCACAGUCCCUGCCUCAGUCCCUGGCGCAGUCCCUUCCUCAGUCCCUGCCUCGGCUUAGCCACGUCCCGUCCCUGGCUUUGUGAAGCCCGAGCCUGCGUGAGGCCGGACGCCUCUCGGACGUCGAGGCGUGGCGGCGGUCGCGAGGCGCUCCUCUACGAACACUCCAUCUCGCGGCGGCCUGGCGUGUAACUCAACGUGACGACGCCGCAUUAGAGAAUAAAAUAACCAAUUCACUUAUGCAAAUAAACCUGGAUCGGCGGCGGCCAAAUGGGAGGGCGCGAUGAUCCAUUUUGCUGAAGAGGGUCCUAAAUCGACCGUAAAAAUAAUCGUCGACAUGGACUGCAUAAAGUGUGAAGUAUUGACGCGGCGCCGCCUGUGUGUGCUCUCCAUGGUGUGACACCUCGAGAUCUCGAACACGGUUUUCCCAUAUACUGAACCUCUUCCCUGAAUCACCGAUAGAUCGAACCCUUUAAUAUUUUGCCGAAUUUAAUCUUGAAUGCGACGUAAACCGGAAAAGAAUAAACACUGGGCUUUGAUAAAGUGGUGAUUAAGCGUCACUCCCCGUCAAAUAAAUGGUUGACGCGUUCCUGUCGACAACCGACCUUAUCGUAGUUAUACAAUUGGCUAGAUGUUAAUCUAACGAAUUCAAAUCAAGUAUAUAGCUGCCAAGUUUACCAGAGAGGGCAAUAUUACCUAUUGUACAAUGUUUUACACUCCCAUAAUACUCUGAUAACAUGGAAAUAAGUGUCUAUGAAAAAGGACUUCUAACUAAAAGGGCAUCUGUUAAGUUUCGUCGUAAGAAAACUGAAAAUUACGACAAAUAUUUAAAUACGCAUUUCCUAUUGAAUGCCACGUGUUGCCAGUGAGUUGCCAAGGAUAUUGAACAAAGACGAAUUAUACUAUAUAUUUCAUACUAAGUCCCGCUUCAGACUGACCGUGGAGUAAGUGCAUUUUAUUACGGCAAGAUAUGAAGCGUUUGCUAGAAGAGGGGAGGGUCUUUGAAAGAAAAGAAAAAAAAGGAAUUAUUGAUUGAUAUUUCUGAAUUGUAUAAAAAUGGAGCUAGUGCAAGAAUAAUGUGUAAAUAAUGUAAUUGUUCAUCCUGGAAAGUGAAGGUUCAACAGUUGGUCACAGCUUUAAGUCUCGUAUGCUCACACAGUUGUUGUAAAUACCCUGUAGAUAUUGUCGACCGUAUAACUAAAACGAUGAAUUAGCUAGUAAGUGUAGAAUUUCCGGUGACACGUGACCAUAACGAUUCUAUUGACAAAUACGUGAAAAAAAAAUGGAUCAAGAAUAGUGUAGAAUGUCUUCGAAAUCAGGAAGCAAACUUAGGAUAUUUGUACAUAAACUUCAUGAUGAUGUGUGAAGUCCCCUUUUUCCUUUUCCCAUUUUUUUUAGCACGCAUAAACUCACUUUCCCUUAGCAAAGUGUUAUGGGAACAUGUGAUGCCCCUCGCCAUUUUGGUUUGCUCUCAACUCCCAGUCACAAAAAGGACUAAUUCGAGGAUGAUGCAAUACGAAUUGACGCAAGAUUGCUAAAGGGUGAUAUUUUCUUGAAAUCCACCGUUAUUAUUUUUUUAAUUUCUUUUAUUUUUUCGAAUAAGUUCCCUUCCUUUGCUGCUACGAAACACUGUGUUAUGAGAGACGACAGUGUAUUGUAUGUGCAUUUGUUAAUAACCAUAAUGUGGUCUGAUGUUUAAUAAAUGUCAAAGAGCAAGAAC